GCGCACGUGGCGUCGGCCCGUCGGGUGUAAGUUGUCCGACGGCCCCGGGCCGCGGACAGGCCCCGAGGCUGGGACCGUCUUCCUCGGGCGGCAUCCCCGUGCACGGUGCGUGGCGAUUUGAUGAUGGAAACGAGGGAAGACACUGACCCCACGACUCGAACAACGGAUGUACUGGCAAGCCGUGGCGAUGCGGCGCCAACUCGGCGACCGCGGCGAAGCGCUCGAUGGCGCGGCGCGGGUUUUCCAGGAAGCGCAGAAACCAAGGAAGCUCAAGAAGCCUAUAGCACAUAGCACCUGCUUCCAGCAGCAGCCGAGUAUAAUUAGAACGCCGCAGAAGUGCGCCUCCAACUAAUGGGGGCGCCCCGUCUAAGCAUGCGGGCCAACUGUCGAAAAAUCCGCUGGCCCCCCGUGAGCGCUGCGCGGAGGGAGCCCUCGGAGGACACGGCGCGGAGGGCAGGCGGGGGGGCGAGGAGGAGCAGGGGGCCUGAGAGGAUUUCAGAGGGCGAGGAAGGACAGGAUGAUCCUGCGCGCCCCCAGGGGGUCCUCCGGCCUCUGGAAGAGCUGCCGGGCGGCUCCCCGACGCGAGCCCGCCUCCGGCCCUGGGUGCAGCAAGCCGACCACGGCGCGCGGCGCACGAGCUGGAAAGUAGACUGCACUUCCAGCGUGCUCCUGGCAGGGCUGCCGCAACCUCCCCAUGCGAGGACUUACGUCCAGCCUCGGCGGCCGCCUCCUUAGGCAGCCUCAGGUGGUCGGACACUUCGCACGAGCAAAAACACAGCGGCGGCUCGACCGGGGUCGGCUUCCCGGCGUGCACUGCGGCGUCCCUGGGCUUGUCCCACGUUUGCGAACAAAUAUUGAAAGCCGCCGGUUAAACACGUCCACUUUACGCCUGUUAGCAUAAGCCUAUACACUGGACGGCAGGUUGCCCACCACUGAUGCCGACGCCUGCGCAGAAGAUGGGCCGAGAAGACGACGAAGGAUACCUACCCGCCAGCAACA